AUGGAGGUAUCUAAAACGCGUGCCGAUUUUGAAUCAGCAGUUAGAGAGCUUACAGAAUUAAUCAAGCAAUACGCUAGAGAAUUUUUGGAAAUCUACCACCGUAUUCGCGAUUUUGAAUUUGAUUGUCAUCAGGUCUCUCAACUCAUUCUCUCUGGUGGUGGAGACAAUGAAAUCAACUCACAAAUUUGGGCCUACCUACGUGAUUUCAAAGAGGAUAUUGCUCUCUUCGCACCGUUUAGCUACUUUAGUAAAUGCGCUCUGGAAAUAUUUCCACUUGUCAAACCAUUUGCAUCUGUCCGCAUGACCUCUAGGCAUGCAUACGAUUUCUACUGUGAAAGAGGCAGGAAAAUGCGAUUGGCUCUGGAGAAGUUAAAAGGACUAGGGGAGAAGUUUCAUCGUGACUCAAUUGACGUAGAACAACGCGUUUUUUUUGAUCCAUAUUUACGUGAUGAAAUGAAAAAGUAUUUGGAUUGCUGGAAUGCUUACUUUGCGUUUCGUCCUUUAUUGACGAACCUCCGUUGUAGUUGGGUCCCUGUUGUGGCAACGUUUUUCAAGCAUCGACGCAUAGUGCGAAGCAAAGAUUUUAACAUGGCAUUAGGAAAGCUCAACUAG